AUGUCAGUGCAAAUUCCAAUGUCCCCCUAUUGGCUGAUUCGCCGAGGCCAGAAGGACGCUGCGUUGGAGUCUCUCAAGAAGUUAAGAAGUCCAAAACAAGACGUUAACCUUGAACUUUCAAGAAAUUUCAGCAAACGUCCAAGGAACAUCCCAGCCUUCAAUAUGGGAUCAGUUCUUCUGCUGGCGGCGGUGUUCACCCUGAGGGAGCUCGGAGGGCAAUUCGUGAUGUUCUCCUACACGGUGUACAUGUUCCAGAAGGCAGGCGUCGGCCUGGACGCCUUUGUCUGCACAAUCCUAGUGGGCGUCGUGAGGCUCGUCUUCACAGUGGUCAGCGCGGCGGUCGUGGACCGCGUCGGGCGUCGGCCUCUGCUGAUCGCCACGUCUUUCGUGUGCGGAGCAGCCGAGGUUGUCGGCGCGGUGUUCCUGCUGGUGGACGUCCCAGGGUCGUCGUGGGUCCCGCUUGCUGCGGUGAUGGUUUUCGUGUCCUCGUACGGCCUUGGAAUCGGACCCAUUCCCUGGACUCUUAUGGGCGAGCUCAUUCCCACUCCUGUGAGAAAUAUUGGAAGUUCGCUGUGCUAUUUGAGUUUCUCAUUAUUCACCUUUGUCAUCAGUUUUGUCUUCCCAUAUUUGAUGGAAAUAGGUCUUGGCUAUGCACUCCUGGUCUUCUCUUCAGCGAAUGCCAUCUUAACACUAUUGCUUUGGGCCUUCUUACCCGAAACCCGUGGAAAAUCUCUGAGUGACUUGGAAAAUGCAUUUCAAUCCUCCCCUGGGCAUUCAGAGUGA